AUGCCGGGAGCCACGUCGGACUCCGCCGGCGGCGGCGCGCUGGUGCCGCUCUCUCCGGAAACCAAGCGGUCUCCCGUCUAUCCCCUCCGCCACUCCGUCGGGCCUCCGGUUUCCCCUCGAGUCUCCGUCUGCUGGGCGCGCGGCAGCUCCCUGCGCGUCUCGAUCUUCCAACAGCGGUCCCCCCGCGGCGAGGGCGACGCCGGCGGGGAGGUCGUCGAGGUCAAGCUCAACGGCGGGGACGGAGAGAUCAGCGACGCGCAGUGGAGGAGGAUCGCGUACGGCUCGAUGUCGCCGUUCGCGAUGCUGCAGAGCCGGAGGAACUCGGUCUCCACCUUGUCGAGGAUAAGCCCGUCUCCUUAUCACGUGGAUUGGUGGGAGUUUGUGAUGGAGUACAGCAAAGACAUAAAUGCACUUCUAGGUGGUCCAGAAUCUACUCCUGCAUCGGUUAUUGAAGAUCCAAAAACAGUUGUGAAGAAAAGUGAGAAGACGGCGUCUUUGAAAGCUGCGUGGGAGUUGAUGGAAUUGUUUUAUGUUGAUAAGCUAUCUCAAGCAUGGUUACCGGAGCGGCUUACUGAUUGGUUGGCUGAUUAUGAUAGCCUAUUCUCUGGCUCUUGUGCCACAGUCCACUCUAAACUCGUGGAUUUCCAAAAUGAACUUAUAAAUAUUCAGGUUAUUGAGGACAAUCCUACGUACUGGGAAGUGAUAGGGUCAGCACUUGCAGUUGGCUGGUUAGAGAUUGUUGUUAAAUUGUUACAUCUCCACUGUUCUUACCAACUGGAUCAGCUUAGUAGUCGUGAGACAGAGAAUGGACUGGUAGAGGCAGUUGCUGUUCUUAUCUCAAAAAUGCCACGCAUGCGACUUGAAUUAGGAGAUGGAAGAUUAGGUGAAUGCUAUAAAGCUAAACCUGACUUUAUUAAGGCUUGGGAGAAAUGGAGGUCACAAAUUACCAAGCUGGACUGCAGUGCAUAUUGGAUCCAAUGUCAUCAUCUUCAGACAAGAGAAGGCUUGAAAAAUUUACUGCAAAUAAUGCUGGGGAACACCAACAGUCUUUCAUCUGCGACCUACCAUUGGCUAGAGCUAUAUGUUUCUCACUUCUUAUAUGUCAGGCCAUUCACAGUGGGUCUUGAAAGCAUGCACGGCCUUGCGCAAAAAUGUAUUCAGUUGAAACCAGUGCCUAGAUCCCAGAAGUUGAUGGGACUUCUUCUUGGAAUUCUCGGGGAAAAUACAGAGGUUGUAUUAGCAGAAUGCUCUAAAGAGUUUGGCCCUUGGAUGGUUGCACAUGCCAUAGAGUUGAUGACUGCUGGGAGUGAUGAAGCAGAAAGUCUUUUGUGUGAAGAGCAAUAUAAUCUGGGGGAGCUCUCUCUACAGGAGCUCCAUCGACUGGUCUAUGCUCAAGUUCUCUGUUCUCAUGCAUUUACAUGGCAGAUUGCUCCAGUUUAUUUGACAUCGUGCAUGAAGCAGGGAAUGGGCUUGUUAGAGAUUUUAUUGUGUAAGCAGCCUGUUCAGCAUAAUGAACUGCUACAUAAGAAUUUAGAGAUUUGCCGUUUAUAUGAACUUGACGAUGUCAGCUCUCAUAUAAUGAAGAUUGCUGGUGUGCAUCACUGGAAGCAUGGCCGAAAAGGUGCUGGGGUUUUUUGGCUCCAACAAGCUCAGGAUGAAGUUCGUCUUCAUAAAAUUGCUCAACAGUUGUUUGCUUCUGUGGGAAAGUCUAUUUCAGAUGAAAGUUUCAAGCAAUGGGAAGGUCUCAUUGAGUUGCUGGGUUCCGAGUCUAAAACUGCUGGAGGGCUUGAGUUUCUGCACAAGUACAGGGAUUUCAAGAGGUCUCUUAAGCACAUUCAUGAUGGAAAAAACAUAGAGGCUGCUCGGCAAGCUGUCGAGUACCUUAUGUUGCUUAUGAAAAACCCUUCUACACCUCAACGAUUUUGGCUGCCUCUUCUGUAUGACUCGUUGAAGUUGCUGAAUUGGCAGGAUCGACCUUUGUUAAACGUUGCUCAGACCAACCUUCUGUUGAAUAGACUGCAAGAGCUAUCCAUAGCAAGGCUGCGUCCAGAAUUUGUUGAAGCCGAUUUGCCAUCUCAAGCCUUAAGCUCCGUAAGGCUAGCCCUUGGCACAAACCUUGGACGUGCUAUUUUAGAAGAAUGAUAGUGGCAAUCCAUGGGUGGUUUCAUCGCUCAAUGUACAUAUAUUUGGAUAAUCUUCGCCCACCACCAGACCUGCUCUCGCCUGGUCCAUCUUUUGCGCCAACACGCAGUUGCGGAGCCCAGUCAGGGAUUUAAACCACUGAGUACAUGUUGACUUUUGUGUAAGGCUUUGACUGUAAAUUUUGUAAUCAUAAUGCUGCAUUAAAUCGAGUGUAUAAAUCGUAAUGCUUCCAAGUAUGUUUGAUUUUUCGAUGAGAAAAAAAAAUUACA